GAGCCGCCCGGCGGCAGCGGCGGCGACAGCGGGAGGAGCCGCGGGAGGAGCAGCGGGCGCGCCGCGGGUCCCCGCCGGCAGCGCGCUCCACCCGGCCGCAGGGGCGGAGGCGGCGCGGCGGGAGGGCGGUGCGCGGCGCUGUCCGUUCAGCACCGGCGGGCGCCCCCGCCCCGCUCCGCCCCGCACCGCCCGGGAGGGCGCGGGCACAGCCCCGCCGUACCCCCGCGGCGGCUGCAGCGGCACCGGCGCCCCGAGCACCUGCGGGCAGCGCCGGCGCCGCGAUUUUCCUCCCUUUUUCUUUUUCCCUUUUUUUUUUUUCCCUGUGCUGUUGGCCACGUCCAACCAGGGAAGGGCCCUCCCCCUCCGGCACGUCCCCGCGCCCCGGCACCGCAGCGCCCGCGCUCCCGGAGCAUGGCCCCCCCUGCCCCUGCCCCUCCGCCGCGGCUGCAGCUACCGCGGCCCCCGAGCGCCUGACUUCAGACGAAGGCGGUGCAAGCGCCGGGAGCCGCCGUCAGCGGCUGCCCCUCGGAGCGGCCAACGGAGACCCGAGCGGGGCCGGUGCCCCUCAUCCCCGCGGGCCUGGAUCGGGGCUCGGCUUAGGCACCGACUGCCGCCGAGCAGCCGUCCCCUUACGGGCUUGCUGCCUGCCGUGCUUGCUUGGAUGAGUCUGCGACAUGCCUAAUAAGAGACGAGAUGGGCCAGGGCGACGAGAGCGACCGCAUUGUGAUCAACGUGGGAGGGACUAGGCACCAGACCUACCGCAGCACCCUACGCACCCUGCCCGGCACGCGGCUGGCCUGGAUCGCCGAACCCGAUGCCCACAGCCACUUCGACUAUGACCCCCGCACGGAUGAGUUUUUCUUUGACCGGCACCCAGGCGUCUUUGCCCACAUCCUGAAUUACUACCGCACUGGCAAGCUGCACUGCCCCGCGGACGUGUGCGGGCCCCUGUAUGAGGAGGAGCUGGCCUUCUGGGGCAUUGAUGAGACCGAUGUGGAGCCCUGCUGUUGGAUGACCUACCGGCAGCACCGCGACGCCGAAGAGGCUCUGGACAGCUUUGGUGGGGCACCCCUGGAUAGCAGUGCUGAGGAUGGAGACAUAGACGGCACCGGAGACUCUGGUGAUGGUGAAGAGGAGCUGGAGAUGACAAAACGCCUAGCACUUAGUGACUCCCCAGAUGGCAGGUCUGGGGGCUUCUGGAGACGGUGGCAGCCCCGCAUUUGGGCGCUCUUUGAGGAUCCCUACUCCUCCAGAUAUGCAAGGUAUGUGGCAUUUGCCUCCCUCUUCUUCAUUCUGGUCUCCAUAACCACCUUCUGCCUCGAGACCCAUGAGAGAUUUAACCCCAUUGUGAACAAGACAGAAACUGAAUUCAUCGGGAAUGACACCCAGGUGCGGCACUACAGGGAAGCAGAAACUGAAGCCUUUCUCACCUACAUUGAAGGUGUCUGUGUGGUCUGGUUUACAUUUGAGUUCUUGAUGAGAGUCACUUUCUGCCCAAACAAGGUGGAAUUUAUCAAAAACUCUUUGAACAUCAUUGACUUUGUGGCCAUACUGCCUUUCUAUCUAGAGGUUGGACUCAGUGGCCUGUCUUCCAAAGCUGCUAAGGAUGUCCUGGGCUUCCUCCGUGUAGUCCGUUUCGUGCGAAUCCUACGAAUUUUCAAGCUGACCCGCCACUUCGUUGGGUUGAGGGUCUUGGGACACACCCUCCGUGCCAGCACAAAUGAAUUCUUGCUGCUCAUCAUAUUUUUGGCAUUGGGCGUCUUAAUCUUUGCCACGAUGAUCUAUUAUGCCGAGAGAAUAGGUGCUAAACCAAAUGACCCUAGUGCCAGUGAACACACACACUUUAAAAAUAUCCCCAUCGGCUUUUGGUGGGCUGUUGUCACCAUGACGACCCUGGGCUACGGAGACAUGUAUCCUCAGACUUGGUCAGGCAUGCUGGUGGGGGCCCUCUGUGCUCUCGCUGGUGUGCUGACCAUUGCCAUGCCCGUCCCUGUCAUUGUGAACAAUUUCGGAAUGUAUUACUCCUUAGCUAUGGCUAAGCAGAAGCUACCAAAGAAAAAAAAGAAGCAUAUCCCGAGGCCACCCCAGCUGGGAUCCCCCAAUUAUUGUAAAUCUGUCGUAAACUCUCCACACCACAGUACUCAGAGCGACACUUGCCCACUGGCCCAAGAAGAAAUUUUAGAAAUUAACAGAGCAGAUUCGAAACUGAAUGGUGAGGUGGCCAAGGCGGCGCUGGCAAACGAAGACUGUCCCCACAUAGACCAGGCUAUUACGCCUGAUGAGGGCCUGCCCUUUACCCGCUCUGGCACUCGGGAGAGAUAUGGACCCUGCUUCCUCUUAUCAACCGGGGAAUAUCCCUGCCCGCCUGAUGGAGGAAUAAGAAAGGGGUACAACCAUGUUGCUGCCUGUAGGAUCAAUUACGUAGCCUGACCAUCCUUGAGAAACGCUGUUUUGGGGGGGGUGAGGGGGGCGGGUACAUAUAUAUAUAUAUUUUUUAAACUUGUUCUGUACUUCGAUGGCCUUCUGUGUCAUGUUGCAAGCGAUACUACUCUCGGCAUGUCCAUGCAUGCAGAUGGUAUUGAACUGGCUACAAUGUUGACAUCAUUCUUAGUCCAUUCUGUCAUUGAUCCAAUGCUGUACUUUGCAUUUUUCUUUUAAAUGAAGGUUACGAAAUGUCACGGAGCCUUAACAGCAUAGCUGGCAUAAGUGGAAAAGCGAUAGGAUUAUCCUCAGUGUCUGCGCCCUACAGCUCUCCUAGUCCAGUGAGAUGUUCUUGGUCUCCCAUCCCAUCUAUUUUGUAGCAUGGAUCAGUAGCAGAGAAUGGUCUAAAAAGCUUUAUUUUCAAUUAGCCUAUGCUAUGUUGCAUAUAAUCCAGGUGACUAAGUCUGAAGAUGCAAUGUCUCACAGUAGCACCCGCUGGAAAUGGUGUUACUACUGAUGCUAGGUGACAACACUCCUAAAUAGCACUCAGAUGACAAUAGGCAGGCAUUUACAUAGAACUGGUGGGCCAUACACGCUGCAUGGUAUCAGUACAUAGAAUGAAGGGUAGAUGCACCAGAUAGUUUCCUUCCUGGUGCAUCCUGCUAGUAUAUGCUUAUUUUAGCUAAUGGUGGAUCUACUGGCUCUGUAUGGAAUGGGUUAGGCAUUUAGUCGAUGCUGAAACAUGCCAACGAUGGAAGAUUUUGCUUUUCUCAGGAUAUUUUUGAGCCAUAGGAACCCUGCAGGAGUUUGAGCAAACAAGCGCAGUAGGAUGAAACGUUGCAUGGGCACCUAUUUUAAGCUGAAAGCAAUACUCAGACACACUGUAGAGAGGUCUCAGUCUGGCUGACUGCAUGGGAAAAAAAAAAAAUCCUGUUGAAGAAGAAUAUGGCUGCCUCUGCAUGUAGCUAUUUCACCUUUUCCUCCUUCCUUUAACACUAAGAUGCCGAGCUUGAUGUGAAAAGCACAGGGAAGAAGCUCAAGUACUGAUUGUAUUCUUUACAUGCAGAUCUUUGCAAAGAAAGUCCAGUCAUUGCUAAAUAUAUGCCAACAGAGGCAGUCAGAGUGACCUGACAAGGCAAGAUGGAGAUGAACAUUGAUGGCUAAUAAACAUCUGUGUGGAACUGUGCAGGCAUAGAAGACCUUCUCAUUUGGACAAAGUUAACUCGCUCCAUGCAGGUUUUAUGGAUGAUUCUUCGUGGUUUUGGAGUUGUACUAGAGAUGCAGGCUUUUUCUACGGCCAAAAUGUAACAAAACUGUAGAAGAUCCUUUUUUUUUUUUUUGAAUCUAUUUUUUUUGUUCAAUAGCAUGAAUUGCAUGAAGACAAAAAAAAAAAAAAAAAGAAAAACCACCAACAAAAAACCAAGAAACACUGAAAGUGUAUGAUUAAGGAGGAAAAAAAAAAAAAAAAGCAAAGUUAUAUAUUUUCUUUCAAAGCUCUUUACUUUUACAUACAUUGUUGUAGCCAAAAUGUAAAACGUUAUAAAACUGUACAUUUCUUUGCUAUGGAUAGCUUCUUUUUGUAUACAAGAUACAGAGUAAUGGUUUUAAAAAGUGCAAUCAGGCAGUCAUCGGUCAUAUUGACCACGCCUUCACAGUUCAUCACACCAACAUGGAAAUCAAGAACUUUUAAUCCAACUAGAAGUGUAUAAAAAUAAGAAAAACUUUUUCCUGUCUGUUUUUGUUGGCAUGCUUGUGACACAUGGGACCUUCCUUCGGACCUGACACUAACAGCUGGUUAAUUUUCCAGCUCUGGUUAUGUUGUAUUUUAUUGAUGUAUAGAUCCAACGUAAAGACCCUUCAUAAAUUGUUCAUAUUAAGUAAUCAGUAUGAAUUUUAAACAAAAGAGGUGUUAUUUUAAAACUGGGACUUAUAGUACAAAAUCAGGAAAAUACUCAAGUAUAAAUGGUCUCAAAGUUUAAGAAACAAGACAACAGCAUUGUAUGCAAUUUAGUACUGAGUAAAAUGCAUGCACAAUGUUAUGCAAAACAAUUCUAGCAUGAAAUAAAUUUUGUAUCAUGGUUUCAGUGCCUGCUGUAUAGUGUAAAGGGGAAUCCUUUUCUGAAGCUAUCAGGGGUUUCCAGAGACUUGCUUCUAAAAUCUUGAAUAAAUACAGUGUUCUCAACAGAAAUGUAGGAGAAAAGCUUGGUAUUGCUUUGGUUCUACAAUGCUAAUUUUGGUUAGUAGAUAAUAAAUGAAGCCUGCAAACACUUGAUACAACCGAUGUCUAAAGAACUCUCACCAUUAGUAAUUUUACGAGGGAAGAUUAAAACCCCGAUAAUUAUCUACGUAUCUUCCUUUUCCCUCCUCAACAAUAAUAAAAGUUUGUCUUUUUAGCUGA